UAUCAGAAAUGGCCAGCGACAAAAAACGCAGUACUUGGAGCACCAGCGACGAGAAAGUGCUAUUGGAUUUAUGGGCGGAACGUGCGGAUGACUUGCGACGGGCGAAGCGCAAUCUGCAUAUAUAUGCGGAUAUAUCGACACAGAUGGCGUCAAAGUUUAGUGCAAAGGAGGUCCACAUAAAAAUCAGAAACAUGACCCAAAGAUAUAGAGAAGAAAAGAAAAAGGUAGGACCAUCUGGUGGGAGUCCCUCGCUGUGGAAACAUUUUGACGCAGUCCACCAAAUCAUCGGUUUCAACGCAGCAAACAACGCUGAGAUUUUAGAAUCUUUUUCAAUGGAUAUAUUGACAUCAGGACCGCAGCCGGUGCCAUCACCAUCGAGUUUAGCGUCCCCAUCCCCAGUGCCUCAGUCGUAUCCAUACGCUGCUGCUGCACCGUCAUCAACCGCAGCACAUCCAUCGUCACCAACCGCUGUACCUUUACCGUCACCAUCGCCUCAAACUUCGUCACCGCUUUCGUCGCCGGUG